CUAAAACAUUUAGGCGUUGGCAGUUGACACUCCCAAAACUAUACAAGAUGGAGAGUAUAGAACACAAGACAGUGAGUGCCAAUGGACUUGACAUUCACAUAGCAGAAAAAGGUGAAGGUCCAUUAAUCUUGUUCCUCCAUGGCUUCCCUGAGCUGUGGUACUCCUGGCGCCACCAAAUUCUGUAUUUUGCAGAUCAUGGCUACCGAGCUGUGGCACCAGACCUCCGUGGCUAUGGUGACACAAUGGGUGCACCAGUGAAUGACCACACCAAGUUCACCAUCCACCAUCUGGUAGGCGACUUGAUUGGGCUUCUUGAUGCCAUAACUAGUGAAGGUGAAAAGGCGUUUGUUGUGGGUCAUGAUUGGGGUGCAUUCAUUGCUUGGCAUUUGUGUAUGUUUAGACCUGAAAGAGUCAAAGCCUUGGUAAACCUGAGUGUGCCGUUUCUUCCCAGAAACCCAAAACGAGACAUGGUCGAGAUGUUGACAGAUGCAUAUGGGGAGGAUCACUACAUGACCAGAUUUCAGGAACCAGGUGAAAUUGAAGCCGAGUUAGCUAAACUGGGUACACGAACAGCAGUUAAAAAGUUCUUAACAUUUAGAGAACCUGAGCCAUGGUAUUUUCCUAAAGGUAAAGGAUUUCAUUAUUCACCAGGCGAUGCCCCAGUCACCUUGCCACCUUGGUUGUCUGAACAAGAUGUUGACUACUUUGCUACUCAACUCCAAAAGACAAGCUUUUCUGGUGGAAUCAACUACUAUCGUGCUUUCCACUUGCACUGGGAGCUCACUGCAGCAUGGCAGGGUGCAAAAGUGAUGGUGCCAUCUAAGUUCAUCGUUGGCAACCUGGACUUGGUAUAUCAUAUGCCUGGCAUCAAAGACUACAUACACAAUGGUGGGUUUCAGAAAGAUGUUCCUUUUCUGGACGACGUUGUUGUUAUGGAAGGUGCGGCCCACUUCAUCAAUCAAGAGAAGCCCCAUGAGAUUAACCAGCUCAUAAUCGACUUUCUGCACAAAUUCUGAUCAAUUUCCAGCUUCUUUCCAACUUAUAAUGGAUGUGCAUUCCAUAUGAAAUUUAUACUGGUGUUUUGGGUAAGAAGUUCAAAGCUUUGUUGCUUCUAGUUUAAAUAAUGUGAGGCUGGAUACUAAUGUUUGGCUUUAAUUAAUGACAAAAUUGCAAAAAUGGUCCCUGUGGUAUGCAUUUUUUUGGGCCUUUAGUCCAAACCAUGACUUUUUUUGGAUUUGUGGUCCUUUUGAGGUAGUUUUAUUGCGUUUUUGGUCCCUCGGUAAAUUGAAAUGAAUGUAAUGCCCUUGGGGUAUUUAUUUUCUAUUUUUCUUUCAUUUUUCUAAAAUCUUGUAUUCAUUUAUUUAUUUAAAAAAUAAGUGGGCUCUCUCUCUCUCUCUCUCUCUCUCUCUCUCUCUCUCUCUCUCUCUCUCUCUCUCCACAAUAUUUCUGGGUUUUCAAGAACUCAAGAACAAACACUUAUUUCCAUUUCUGGAGCAACCCACCACACUCCUUAAUACUUUUAUUUCUUUCCUCUUUUUUAGAUUUCUUUCCACCGAUUCAUUACCAGAUAUUUGUAUGAUAAUCUUCGAUUUGGGGACCUGAGAGGGAUUCGAUGACAUAUUGAUUUAGGGGUAUUUACAUCUCCUGCUUGUUUGUGCUUCCAUCAGACCUUGUUAUUCUCCAAUUUCCAACUAAUGGAGACCUUAGAAAAAGAUGAGGAACAUCGAUCUACCUGCCAAAUUCGACCACCCCAACCUCAAAUUCGAAGUCAUGAAUCGUACUAUCAAGCAAACCGACCCGAACAUCACCCAAACAUCACAUAUGUUGUCAAUCUUUGUGGAAAGAAAGAAUUUGCGCCUGAUUCAGAAACAAAAGUCUAGAGAUCCAAAUCGACUUCCUUGAUCGAUAAUCUGAUGUUGAACAAGUUGAGAAACAAUCUGGAGAGGUUUCCGGAGGAUAAAAAGAACAGAACCUGAUGUAACUAAGGGCGAGAAAUCGGGGGAUGUAUAAUCUUCAUGGAUUGAAUUGCGAAUUCCUUAAAGUCCAUAACUAUGGAAUUGAAAAGGAUAGGAGGAAAAAAGAACAGAACCCUAAAUUUUAAAACCCAAUUAAUUUUGUUAUCGGACCUCGAAAUCUCUGUAACAAUAACUUUAAAAAUGAAGAGCAAUCAACAACAACGAAUUCCACAAAUCAUUGAAGAGGGAAGCAUCCAUCAGAGAAGAGGGAAAAGAGAUUAGAUACAAAAAAAAAAAAAAAAAAAAAAAAAAAAAAAAAAAAAGAUGAACAGAGAA